AUGAUGGAUCUGUUCAGCAGAGGAGAGCUGGGGCUGCUGGGAGGAGGAGAGGGCCUCAGAGAUGAUGUGGUUGCGCAUGGCAUCCGCUGGUCACCCAGUCGUCUGCCAGAAGACAUGUAUCCGCCGUCUGGAUUGGCCCUGGCUGCUGCCUACCAUGACAUCAAAGUGCGACUAGCCACUCUGGAGAGGGAGAACAGUAGCAUUAAAAGGAAACUCGAACACUACGAAGUCAAGUUCCCUAUGAUUACUGAGUUUGGAGAGGAGACAAUACUGUGUUGUUCCUGUGAGCCCAUCAUCAAAGACACCAGCACUAUCCAGUCACAGACCACUAACCUACAACAAAGGAUCAACUCCCUCACUCAGGAGCUCCAAAAGAGCAAAGAGAGAGAAGAGAGACUGGAAGAAGUCAUCCAAGCUUACGAGAAGAUUCACCUGGAGAAAAGCAAUGUCCAGAGAGACUUAGACAAAAUGACAACUCUAGUGGAGCAGCACGUGGACAGGAUCCGCAUCCUCGAAUCAGCUCUCAGGCAGAGAGAUAGUUCCCUGCAGAAACUCAGCACUGAGCUGCACAGCAAAGACUUACAUAAGUCUCAACUCCAUGCCAGUCUAGACAUACUGAGAGAUGGUUCAGGGCCGACACUGCAGAGCUCCUGCAGUCUGGAUGCCCUUUUGGACCUGAAGGUGCAGCAGCUGGAGGCUGAGCUGGAGGGUGCGCAGAACCAGGCUGAGGGGGCUUUUCAGAGAGAGAAGGCAAUGAGGGCUGAGGUCCAGAGGCUGCAGCACGAGGUAGCAAAGCUGCGGGAAGCACAAAGACAGCCACAGGACCUGUCUUCUCACUGUGAACACUGUGACGUAGAAUGGAUAAAGAAAGCUGGCGAUGAACAGGUUAACCUGGCAUUAGCUUACACGGAGCUCACAGAGGAGCUGGGUCAUGUUCGCUGUCUGGCUGCAAAGCAGAGUGACCUUCUGCAGCAUGUCUCACAGGAGCCUGCUCCUCAGCAUCUCUCCCCAACCUCUUCCCAGCGUGCCUCACACUCCCCUGACAGACUCCUCCCCACUCCCCUAUCUCCUAUGUCCUCAACUGAAGGGCCCACCUCCUAUUCCCAUCAGCAGACUAGCAGCCGCCUACGAGCUAAGUUCCAGGGUCGCCGAAGUUACUCAGAGGUAUCUGACACAUCAGUCAACCAAAAGCCCCCAGUUCACCUGUUAAGGGACCCAGUAUCUACGCUUCCCAAACCCAGGCACGUCCAUGGGGACAUGCAGGCUUACAGCCAAACCAAAAGUCAGCUCUGUACCUCACUCGUGGGUUUGGUCAGACCAGCAUCAGCUCACGGAGCUGGAGUGGAGAGAGGAGGAGGAAGGGGCAUAGAAAGGUGUGCUGACAGCGGCCUGAGCAACAGUCCUCGUCACUGUGUUCUCGACCUGGACUUUCCUGUGGCUGCUGAGGUUCACCACUUCUGUCACACUGACGAACCAACUGAGCCCACGCCACUGGUAACACCACCUCAAUCUUCAGAUGAUGAAGAGGACGUAUGUACAUAUCCAUCACCUGCUGCCAGCCUGCCUCAUACUCUUGGUGCUGUUGGGAUUGGUUCAUCGUCACCUAGGGAACAGCCCCUUCACUCCUCUUUCCAGUCUCCAAGGAAACAGCCCCACCAUCCCUCUUUCUCAGCCCUGGAGGGCCCUACCAUGCUCUCAUGCCAUCUGCCUCCCUACGUGAACACUGAGCAUGCUCAGUCAUGGCCAUCUAUUAAUUUAUGGAUGGAAUCGGAAGAGAAUGCUGCUCGGAGCUGCCCUCUGUGCCAGCUGACCUUCCCGACCAGUUACCCUGAUGAUGCCCUCAUCAAACACAUUGACUCUCACUUGGAGAACAGCAAGAUCUGA